AUGGUUUUAAAGUUAUUAAAAGAUGCAUUUGAAUUUGCAAAUAUUCCAAAUUCAUUCUAUAAAGCCAAGAAAACAAUCACCAAGCUUGGUUUAAAUUAUGAAAAAAUCCCUGUUUGUCCGAAUAACUGUAUGCUUUAUUGGAGUAAUAAGGAAGAUGAAGAAAGGGAGACCUGCAAAAUUUGUAACACUUCCAAAUCGAAAUCAAAAGCAAAAGUUGGUGCAGUUGGAGUGUCUGGUGAUGGCAAUGAUCGAAAGAAAGUUCCAGCAAAAGUUCUUUGUUAUUUUCCAUUAAAACCACGGUUACAAAUAUUAUUUUUGUCCUCAAAGUCGGCCGAGGAUAUGAGAUGGCAUGCAAUUGAUAGUAAGAAUGAUGGAAUGUUGUGGCAUCCUAGAGAUUCUGGAGCUUGGAAACAUUUUGACUUGACACACACUUGGUUUGCAUCAGACCCGCGAAAUGUGCGUCUCGCAUUAGCUAGUGAUGGUUUUAAUUCUUUUGGUAUGAUGAGUACAAAUUAUAGUAUUUGGCCAGUUAUUCUCAUUCCAUACAACACUCCUCCAUGGGUGUGCAUGAAACAUACACAUAUUAUAAUGUCAAUGAUAAUUCCCGGUAAAAAUAUGUCAGGAAAUGAUAUUGAUGUCUACUUACAAUCUCUAGUAAAAGACUUAAAGGAGUUAUGUGUAACACCUCGUUUUUCAAAGCGUGUCGAUACAUACGAUUCUUUUAAAAAAGAGAUGUUCACAUUACAUGCAACUUUGAUUUGGACAGUUAGUGAUUUUCCGAGGCUGAGUACACUUUCUGGGUGGAACACUUACACUGGACUUGCUUGCCCAAUGUGUAACAUUGAAUCUACUCCUCGUGUUCUUCCUCAUAGCAGAAAAUGGUGUUUUAUGAGUCAUCGUUGUUUUCUUGAUCAGAGACAUAGAUUUAGAUUGAACAAUGUUCGCUUUGAUGGUCAACAAGAUAUGUGUGGUCCACCUAAAAUGUUACAUGGGCUUCAAAUUCUUGAACAGGUUCAAAACAUUGGUGUCAUAUUUGGUAGAAAGCCAAAUAAAGAAAGGUCAGGAAAAAGAAUACAUGGUGGACGACCUACACAAGGUGUCAAUCAACAAUGGAAAAAGAAAAGCAUAUUCUUUGAACUUCCAUAUUGGAAGGAAAAUCUUAUGCGCCACAAUCUUGACAUGAUGCAUAUUGAGAAAAAUGUAAAAGACCUUAAAGCUAUGGGCAUAAGACCUGACCUUUGGCCCAAUGAAAAUGGAAGAAUUUCUCCAGCCGUCUUUACUCUGACUACUAAAGGUAAGAAGAGAUUUUUAACAACUUUAAAGAAUAUCACUGUGCCUGAUGGUUAUUCAAGCAACAUUUCUAGAUGCAUUGACAUGGAAAAUCUUAUGUUCAAUGGAAUGUUGAAGAGUCAUGAUUGUCACAUAUUGAUGGAACAACUUCUACCGUUAGCCAUUCAAACAACAUUACCUGAUGAUGUUUCAGCUAUAAUGAUUGAGUUUUGCUCAUUCUUUAGACAAUUAUGCAGUAAAGUAUUGAAUGUUGAUGAUUUGGAAAAAUUGCAAAAUCAGGUUGUCCUCACUUUAUGCCACAUGGAAAUGAUAUUUCCUCCCUCAUUCUUCACUGUUAUGGUUCACUUGGUUGUUCACCUUGUUGAAGAAGUUAAACUUGGGGGUCCUGUUCAUUAUUGA